AUGUCUCAACCAUCUACAUUCCACCCACAACUCACCGACACUGUAUUGAUGGUGCGCCCAGUUGAUUUUGCAUUCAACGAACAAACAGCUGUCGAUAAUGAAUUCCAAAAUAGAAUUGAUGACAAGACACCAAACCAAAUUAGAGAUGCUGCUAUUGAAGAAUUUGAUAAGAGUGUUUCUGCUCUUCGGGAAGCUGGUGUUCAAGUUUUAGUUUUGGAGGGAUCCAAGAAGGAGAAUGUUACUAAAUGUCCAGAUGCUGUUUUCCCAAAUAAUUGGUUCUCAUCAUCGGCCGAUGGUACCGUUUUUACUUAUCCAAUGUUUACUCCAAACCGUCGUGCUGAAGUUGAAAGAUUGGAUGACGUUUUAGCCUUGUUAGAUGAAGCUAAAUUAAAGGUGAAACGUAUUGUCAAGAUGCACGAAGAACCAUCAUCAAAGGCUUUGGAAGGAACUGGUUGUAUGGUAUUUGAUCAUUUGAAUGGUGUUGUUUAUGCAAACAUUUCGGAAAGAUGUAAUGCUGAACAAUUGGAUGCUUUUGUUAAAAGCACUGAAGGAUCAAAGACUAGAGCUGUUACUUUUAAAACAAAGAGUUCAAAUGGAAAGGGAUUCUAUCAUACCAAUGUCAUGUUGAGUAUUGGUGAAGAAUUUGCCAUUGUUUGUUCUGCUGUCAUUGUUGAAGAAGAUAGAGAAAGAGUCAUGUCUGAAUUGAGAAAGGCUAGAAAGCUCGUUAUUGACUUGACUGUUGAACAAACUGAAAAGAUGAUGUGUGCCAAUGUUAUUCAACUUGCUACCAAGACUGGUGGAAAGGUUAUUGUCAUGUCUGAUUCUGCUUAUAAUGGUUUCACACAAGAACAAAGAACAAUUUUGGAAGCUGAACAUGGUAAGGCUGUUGUUUUCCCAAUCAGUAAGAUUAUUGAAACCAUUGGUGGAGGUAGUGCCAGAUGUAUGAUUGCUGAAGUUUUUAAUCCAAGUUUGACACAAGUCCAAUAA